AUGCACUUCCACCGUCUCCUUGUCUUGGCCGCCGGGCUCCUCACAACGGCAACAUCGGCACCCACCGAACUCUUUAAGCGGGAUGCCACCGGCGUAGUAGAUGCCGUGGCGGAGAUUGCAGACAAAAUGACGACCCUAAAUACCACGGUGACAGGUUACCAAGGGGGAAUACUCGGAACCGGAACAGCCCUGAAGAUCGAGUUCCAGUCCGUGCAACUCAGCCACGCCCUCAAGGAUGCCAUCUCGACGACCGAAGAUUCCCAGAACUUCACCGGCGAUGAGUCCAACAAGGUGGCCGCUGCCUUUAUCGAUCUGCAACCGAAGAUCUCUUCGACUCUCGAUAACAUUGUCUCCAAGAAGCCUCAGUUCGACACCGGAUUGCUCGGCAUCGGGUCUGUCUCAUUCUUAGUGAAGUGGAACUUGCAGCAGGAGAAGGACUUGUCGGCGGACUUGGGCAAGGCUGUUGUUGCUAAGUUGGCCGAACCGUAUGCUUCGGUUGCGCCAUUGUUGAAUGAUCAGAUUGCCGCUGCUUUCGAGAAGGCGCUUGCUGCUUAUAAUUAG